AUGGGACGAUCGUCCAUCCCGUGCCACUCGCUGGCCGACCGGUGCGGACGGUGCAUCGCGGCACUGUUGGUCCUGAUGCAGUUGACCGACCUCGCAGCUUGCGGCCAGACCUACUUCCGAAGAUCGGAAGUCGACCUAAUGCAAAUCAAGCAUAACAUCAUCAACGGUCUCAAUCUCGACAAAUUACCUGACAUGGCUCAGGUAAGGAAACAAAUGUUAAUUUAAUAUUAAUAGCAUAUAGGUAGAAUUUAAAAACGGUUUGUUUGUGCGUGCGUGUGGGAGGGGAAGGGUGUGUAGGUAAAUGCAUAAUAAUCCUUAUAGUGUUGUCGUAUACUUUAAGGACGAAAUCAUAAGCAGUAAGAAUAUGAUGUUGGAGUAUAUUAUGUGUCAGUAUAUUAUUAUAUUAAUUAUUCCGUUAUAAGUUAUUCAAACGAAUAAUAACAGUUGUACAACCAGAAUAUUAUUAUGCUAUAGAUGUCACAUAAAUCUGUAUUCUUUGAAACUUAGUAAAAUUUCACAACAGGUAUUCAAGUGUUUUUUUUUUUUUAAUAAUAAUUUUGAAAAUAUUUUUAUUUUUGUUUACGUUAUUAUUUUCGAUGAAUAAAUUUCAAAUGAUUGUUAUAGGACUCAAGAAAUUAUAUUUAGUAAAAGUUAUUAUAAUUAUAAGCACAUUGAUUUUUAUCAUUAUAAAAAUACACGCGUAAAAAGAUUCCAAAAUCACCGAAUCCGCCAUAAAUCAAAAUUGUCCAUUCAAAAAAAAAAAAACAAUACCCGGUAUAUUUUCUCGGGGUUGAUAAUAAAUUUAAUGCAUAUGAAACUUUUUAUACGAUACACUUAUAAAACGUAAAGUUAAUACGGAAGUUAUUGUCACCAAGUGUACAUACGUAUAUACGGCACAACGUUGUUUUUGCUACCGUUUAACGAAAAAUGUAUUAGUAAAUAAUCGCAAAAAUAUUGUGCCUUCCCGCACGCGUUGUGCCGUAAUAAUGUUCAAAAAAACGUAUUUUAACCGGAACCUGUUAUAAGUAACCGGUACCUAUGUAUAUUACGAACAUUAUAAUAUUUUAGAACGUCUGUCCGCAUAUUGUGUGUGGACACAUAAAACAAUCGUAAUCAUCAUAUUAUUAUUUGAUUCAGUAUAAUUAGGAUAUUUUUUUUUAUAAACGGUUUAAAACCAUAUCCACAGAGUUUACGUCGUUACCUGCAUUACCGCGAUUGUUCUGAUUUCCACAUUUUAUGUCCGGUCAUCCGGCGGGGAAAAAAUUUCUUACAUUUCAAUAUGUCUGUAUGAUUUUUUUUUUUUUUGUCGUAGACGGGAUUUUUGCAUAAUAUAAAUUUCGAAUACCGGGCCAAAAAUGUCCGAUCUGCCCUUGAAUACGAUAAUGUUAUAUAAAAUACGGACUACGAGUGUGUCAAUGAUGCUCACGGCGUAAUAGUUUUGUAUGUUGUACGAAUUCAUAGAGGUAUUAGAGCACGCGGAUUUAUAUGAUGUCGAGACGUAUUUGUCAAUAAUCGUAGUUCUUACGGAUAAUGGACAUCGAACGCAAACCGAUUCCGAAGUCAUUUAAACUUUUUUUUGGUCGUAUUUAUUGACCGCGAUUCAAGUGCGUGGAUUCAACGUCUAUUAAUUACUUGAUAUUAUUUACCAUAGGCGGCGCAACCAAAAUGUAAGUGUGCGUUGCACUAUUGUAAAUCGGAUUUAACGUAAAAAAACACAUACACACAGAUUUUUGUCCACAUUGAAUUACUUUAUGUACUUAGACUUUGUUUUACCGUCCAAAUAUUUUUGAUAUUAUUAUACACGAAACAUAUAAAGCCAUAGUAUAAAACAUAAUACAAGUACUUUUUUUUUUGAUAACGAGGGUAGCACUGGCCAUACAACCCAUAACAAUAUUUAACAAAUAAUUUUAUUAUUAUUUUUGCAUAGGUAUGGCAUAUCUUUCAGAUAAUUUAAAUAAAAAUUCAGAAAAUAAAAGUAAAUAACGGAUAAAAAAACGGACGGACAUACUUCCGCACUUCGGGUGGGCCACUGUUGUAGGUGAAAUUUUGGGAGGUAGAAUAUAAAGGGAAAUAAGUUUUAUAUCUGUACAGUGAACACAACGAUUAAUAAUUGUUAAAGAAAAAUAUUUCUGAGCAAAGCAGCUCAGCCAAUCGUAUUGCUUUUUCAGUAAUGUGCGUUUUCACGACAACAAAGAUUGUUUAAAAAUGAUUAAAAUGUUAAAAAAAAUCUUAAUUAAAAAAUUAAUAAUAAUGAACAAUAAAUAAAAACAGUUGCCAAUGACAAUUCUAUUUUUAAUCUUUUAAUCUUUUUUAACAUAAAUAAUUAGUUUUCCUCAUUAUCUCGAAUAUUAAUGAGAAUUUCAAAAAAUGACCUUUUCAAAGUUCCAACCAGAGCCAAAAGCAUCAAAAAAGGUUUUUGUCAUUAAAGCAAAAUUUCUGAGAGAAAUUAUUGAUACAGUAUAAAACAAAAAAUAAACAUCAUUAUAAAAUCAAUACAUUCCUCGCUUCACUCAGAAUCUAAAAAUAAUGUUAAUAAAAUGAAUUGAUUAAUAACACAAUUACAUAGAUAAAUAGAUAAGUCAAAAAUUAGUAAAUAAUUAAUACAAGAUAAUGGCCAGGAUAAUUAAAUUAAAUUUUAAGUAUUUUUUAUAAUGGAGACAAAUUCACUAAAUCUUAGACUGUAAAUGCAAUUUUUAAUUUUUCAUCCAGAUGAUCGCUUCUGGUUCUGCUUUAUGAAGUUCUUCAAUGUCUCUUUCAAAUUUUAUUUUAGGGUAAACUAUAGUUUGUACAUCGAGGGCAAUGAUAAAUCAUUAUAUGAUCAAGAAAACUGUUUUAACCGGACCAGAAAUCAACAAAAAUAAAACAAAAAUAUUUUCGUCAGUUUUUUUUUAUUUUUCAGAAAACUACACUCAACGUCCGAAAUUAUUUUGUUUACGUAUAUUGACUUUAAUUUUUUGAAAUGAAAUGCAAUUUUUUCUCUGGUCAUUGAAUAUGUCAAAUUUACAUACCAGUUUGCACACUUGGCAAUUUAGCUAUAUAAUAUUAUUCGUAGGUAGAGUAUACGAGAGCAAUAACAAUAAUAUAAAUAAUAAAACGAAAGUACCUAUACAUAAUAUUAUCAUUAUGUAUUAUUCAUUUAUCGUGAAAAAAAAAGUAUAUACAUUUAUAAAUUAUAUCACAUACAUGAGUGAGGAGGAAGCGAGGGGGGCGUAUAGUUUAAAACAACGAUGAUGGGCGCGAAACCGUAAAUCGUUUCAACUCGAUAAUUAAAUCGUUAAAACGAUAAUUUUAUAAUAAUAUUUUAUCUUUUGACAGUGCGCGUUAUAUAAUAUUAUACGUAUAUAUGUAUUAGGUACAUCGGGAAAAAAGUAUUUUAUUCUUUUUUAAUUCAAAUGAUACGCGGAGUGGUGGCUUUUUGAUUUAAAAUGUCAUAUUCGUUCAUAAAAACGGUCAUAUUCCUUCACUUUAAAAGAGUAUCGGCCAAUAGAUUAUUGAAGUCUUACCAUUAUGUAGGUCAAUAUCCAAAAAAAGUUUAUUUCGAAUUUUACAAAAUUGGUGAACAUUUUGAAAAGUGACACUUUUGCUCAAAUACAUGUUUUAUAGGAUUGACUCUCCUGUCUCGUAUAGAGUGAUCAGUUUUCGAUCAUUUUAUUAUUUCGUUGGAAAUAUGAAGAACUCUUACAGGACGUAUUGAACUUGGAUUUUUAAUAUUAUAAGUUCAAACGCUAUAAUUAGAGAAAUUGAAUAUUACCAAUUUUUACUAUUUAAGGUUCCUUAACUGGAACGUAUUUAGGGGGGAGGUCCAGAGAGCAUUGGCCCUGAGCGUCACAUUUCAUUUCAAGAGGGCAUCAAAAUCUUUUAAUGGUGAAAUAGAAGUUGCUUUUUAUUGUAAAUAUAAACCCCAUUCCACGUUUACGCUUGUUCAUAAGGCCAUAAAAUAAUGCGCUUUAGAGCCCAAAGUUUACACUGUACAAAAUAUAAAAUGUACAGCUCUAAAUCCCAGUGUGUUGUAAAUAAAUGUGUUCUUAUAAAAGGGCGCUAAAAAUGCGUCUCUACCCCUGAAUACAAAUAUAAAAACCAAAUUUUUCGUUAAGACUUUUUGAUUACCAAUGUUAACAAUUAUUUGUUGUUAGCAAAUAUUGUUAAUAACUUGUAAACAAAAACAACGAACAGAACGUUUAAGGUGUAUAUACCUACAUUUGUUCUCGAGAAAAAUAUACCCAAACCUAAUACAAAUAAUUUUAUUAUUACCAUGAGUUUUCACCUAUAAAAUCGAAUAGGUAAUUCGUAUGCGUCGGAGCGCGCGGGAAUCGUAAAAAACCGUGUGUCCCGGCUUUCUCGGGUUGUAAAAGAACAUUAUAAUGACUACAACUGAAAUAUUGUAAACAGGUAAACGUAUACUCAUAUACGUAUAUUGCGCCCGUCCAUUAAGAAGGAAUUCUCUGGAUAUAAUAUGUAUUAUUAAAAAUAUAUAAAUCAUUGAAAUUUUAAGGCACAGGUACAUGUGAAUUCCGUUUUCUUAUCGGCGAGAUUAAUUAUAUUGUAUAUAUUCUGGUAGUACGUAUGUAUAAUAUACUAAACGCUUAAAUAAUAAAUAUAACGCGCGUUUAGGCAUAUUAUAUUAACGUUAAAAACCAAUUAGUACCCAAUAAAAUAAAAUACUCGAUAUAAAAAUAUGCCUAGUUUACAUAAUACAUAGUAUAUACAUAAUAAAUUAGGUAUAAAAAAAAAUUCUAAAAAACCAUUUUUUUUUCCGUGCUCCGUAUUUUAUAGUAAAAUAUAACAUUACUAAUAGUCCAUUAUACAUAUAUAUAAAAAAAAAAAAAAAUCGUUUCACAAUAAUACUUUAAUACUAUUAUUAUUAUUGAUGUACGAGUAGUAUAUACCUACUCGUAAAGGUUAUACGCUUAAAUUAUCGGUUUCUUUCUCUCUCUCUCUCUCUCUCUCUUUCUAUAUAUAUAUAUAUAUAUAAAAGAAUAAGAAGAUAUAUAUAUAAACGCUAUGUGUUCCCCAACCUUUCUUAUUCACUCGUAGAUUUUCAAAAUUCCCACUUUGUAUCACCCUUUAUGUUUUUUUUUAAAUUAAAAAUACAUGCAAUGUGUAAUGUAUACAUAUAUUCCGAUAUUUUGUUUAGCGUAUAAGGCAUAUAUAAGUACUUGGUCAUUUUUUAGUACACAGACCUCCUAACCCUAAUUAUUAUUAUUUACACGCUAAAUAAUAAACGGACUCAAUGUAAAGUGCUCGCUCCUUAAACCAUCAACAUUGUGUUAUUAUAUUUUCAAUAUUUUUUUAUACCUAUAACUGAGAGUAUAAUAGUAACGUUAUUCACCGUUCGGUAGUAAUUAUACAUUUCGGUAGAAUGCAGCAGUGGUUCUCAACCUAUUUGCAGUCGCGGAACACCAGGUGACUCAUUAAUUAACACUUCGGGACCAUUUAAGGUUUUGGUUCAAAAACUCAAAAGCUGUAGCUUUUUUUUAAAUUUCCGACUGUAGAUUUAUGUAAUAAAUUUAAUGAAAUAUUUCCAAAUUUUCUUACACGGUUUAAACAAUACACUAAAAAUAUAAUUUUUUUAAUUCAAUAUAUGAACCAGCACCUUUUAUAUCGCGAAUGUGUCCCUUAUUCAUGACAGUACAUAUACAAAUUUGCGGCAGAACACAAUCUGUACACAAGAAAAAGCGUUUCGAUUAUUCGUAAAUUCAUACAAUAUACCUAUACGCAGUGGUGUAACAAACGUGAUCUUUGAGAAGCGGUUGCUUCUCGAGUUUAUUUAAGAUUAAGAGUUGAGUAAUUGUUCAAUUGGAAAACAAUUGAAUUUUAGCACUCAUUUACUAGUAAUUCAAUAAAAAUAGCAGAAAAUAUUGGCGAAUAAUACGUGCUAAGUAUAUUAUAGCUUGCUUCUGGAUUAUUAUAGGUUCUACUAGAUUCUUUUAGGUCUAUAACGUCUGCUAGUAGGUCUGACUGCGGGCAAAUCGGUUAUUUUAUCGAUUGGGUUAGGUUUUUAUAAAUUAUAAUUAAAAAAUGAAAUAUCGGAUGUUGUUGUUGGUUAGUUUUUGUUCUAGAGGCCUUCUGUCGUAGUUUUUGACCGAAUAAAAUAUAGGCCUCGCUUCGCCUGUGCACGCACAAUAAUAAUUAAGACAUAAAAAUAAAUUAAUAAGGAAGUAACUAUUAUAUUAUAUUAUAAUAUUAUAGUUUCGAUUAAUUUGUAUCGUUCCUAUGAUUUAAUAGGAAGGUAUAUUAAUAGUUAUUCAAAUGAUAGUUUUUUUUUCUUUCGAUUAUACAAAAAAAAAACCAUACCUACUUAUUUAUAUUAGCAAAAUAAAAUUUAAAAAAUUGUUUACUCGGGUUUAGCCGUAGCUGUAUCUAUGUAUUUAUUAAUAUAAUAAUUAUAUACCUAUAUACUAUUAUUAUAAUAUACCGAAAAUCGAAAAUUAAUUAUAUAAUUAGAAAUGAAAAUCCUUGAAUCGAAUCCUAAUAUUGUUUUUAAACACGUAUUUAAAUAAUAUAUUUUAUAGAUACAUAUACUUAUUAUAGUACCUACUUACCUGUACAAUGGUACUCGAUGUAAUACGUCAUAGCUUUGCGAUUUUUAACGAAUUGUUGAAAAAAAAAACCACCGUUAUGUACAGGCAACUAUUUAGUUAAUCGGUUAUGACUGAUGAAAUAUUAAAAAAAAUUAAAAUAAAAUAAAACGGUAUCAGUUACACAAUAAUUGUUUAGUGUAUAAUUACAAUUAUUUUUAUGUUAAUAAAUUUCGAAUGACGACGGAUAUUUCGGGUAUUGUUGUGGCAAUGUGGAUGAAAUAAUAAUUAAUACUAUUUAUAUUAUAUUCGGUGUAUUAUUUUUAUUAUGCCGUCAAUCAAUAGAUGCCGUCGACCAUAUUUUUGGAAUAUCGAACAAUGCAUAAUGAUUCGUUUUUCGAAUUAAUUACGAUAUCUUAAAAUACACGAUUAUUGUGUUCGAAAUCACGAAUGACGAGACGAAGAUUAAUUAUUUAAAUUCAGCAGUCAAAGUAGGAUAAACUUCGAAAGGGGUCUAUAUUUUUCGGAAAAUUGAGGGGCGUACUGGGGAACUAUAAUAAAACCUAACUAAACUUUCAGGAAACCCAUCACGAAGACAAAACUUCUAAAAUGUUUUUCUCACACAUACAUUUGUUCAUAAUAUUAUAUUACACUAAGAAGGUUUAAAAUAAAGUGACCCCCUCCCCCGCUCAAAUUUGUCCAGUGCACAUGUAUGUUCAGUGAAAAUAUAAUACAAAAGAGUUUGAUUACGUGUAAUCAAAUAGGUGUUAAAGAAUUCAUUUUUCGAGUUUUUAAAAUUGUAUCAAAAAUAUGUCUCAAUGACAACUAAAGCGUCGCUUCGGACUUCGAACACUUAAAUUAAAGAAGACUCAUAAUUGUAUCGUAAAUAAUAAGUGGAAUCAUCCCCCCUCACUUUAAACACUGUAUUAAAUUUGUAUUUUAUGGAUAACUAUAUGUACAUAUGUACCUCUAUAAAUAUAAUAAAUAUAUGCAUUAUGUGAAAAUUUCAGGUAUCUACGAUUAUUUUAAACCGAAUUAUAACAGAACAAAAUCGAAAAUAACGAAACCGUUAUUUCCAUCACGAAUCCUAUGUUUUUUUCCCGUAUUUUCACAGUUAUUCAGAAAACUACAAGGAACAUAAAAAUCACGUUCUUAUGCACCGUCUGGACAAAAUUUGCUCCUGUGGAUAAAAUGGUUAUUCUUAAAAUUUGCAGUGAAAUUUCCGAUGGAAGAAAAAAAACGAAAAUAAUUAAAAUUGUAUAGCCGUAAUAGUUUGUUCGUUUUGCCUAAAUGUAUUUUUUGAUUUAAAAAAAUUACUGGGGAAAUCAUAAAAUGUAAUCUAGUAUGGUACAUCGAAGAGGUACCAUACUAGAUUAAAAAUGCACCGUUCCGAAUCUAAAAAUAAAAAUAUUUUAUGAACAUUUCAGAUUUCUAUAAAUAUUUUUAAACGAAAUAAAACAAAAAAAUAAAAUCAAAAUAUUGAAACGCUAGCUGUAGUAAAUCCUUAUUUUUUCAAUUAUUAAAAAGAAAAACCUAAUACUACACACGCAAAAAAUAAUAAUUUUUAAUUAUUUAAUUUUCAAUUAUUAAAUAACCUAACCUAACGCGUUUUCAAAUAACUAUAAUUAUUAUAGGUAGGUACUUAUCAUAAUAACAUUGUAAAUAAAUGACGUUCGUCGCAUUAUAAUAUUAUCUAACUGGGCCUAAAAAAAAAAAACCAGCUUAAUUUUUUUUUCGUAUACCUAUACCUACUAUAAUACUGUUUCCGUUGAUAAAAUACAGUAUUAUUAAUUCGAUCGUCGAAUCAUUUAAAUAUUAUUAAAUCAUUUCAAAUCACGAUUCACAGACUAUUAUAAUCUAAUUUUAUAGUAUUAAAAACGCGAUGUGUUGGUGAUAAAAUAUUACUAUACAUUGUAUACAAUAUAAGUAUACACAAACCUAACCUAACCUAAUACAUGGCGUUUUAAAUAUUAUAAUAUUAGAUUAUCUACCGGACCCUAUAUUAUGAAACGAAAGGCUGAUAUGGGCAUGUCACUGUUUUAUGUUAGAUGGGAGGAUGUAUAGAGUAAUAUUUAUUAACAUCUGUUCGCAACGAAAAACGAUUCUGAACUGAGUAUUAUUAGUCGUAUAUGUCCCAUUGGUUAACCGGCAAGCAACACAAAUUAUAAGUGUAGGUACAGGAGCAAAUUUUAUAGUAGAAAAGUUGUUUACAAACAACAACAAAAAACGUCAUAGUAAAACCAAUACAUUCCUCGCGUCCACCGCAAAAUUAACUAGAAAUGUAUAUAAGAUCCGAGAUACGGUAUUUUUCGCUGCCGAAAAGUGAUAAACUUUUUCCGUAUCUAGUAAUUCGUACGACUUCGGAGUUCUGCCGUUCAAUGAUGGUUUUUAAACGCAUAUUGUUGUCAGUAAAAAGCUAUUUUUUUGUUAUACCCUAGUGUAUCAAUGAUGUAAUUUUGGUUGUGCGUUAUUCAUAGGCGUGCGCAGGACUUGGUGGUAGAUGUUGCUGAAAAUUAUUAAUUUAUAAGUGUUUAAGCUUUAAGAGCUUUAUAGAUCAUUUACGUUUUAUAAUAAUAGUACUUUUUCUUCAGUCUUGAAAAUAUUUUUGAUCGAUACAAAAAUGAAAUUUAUUUUAUACAAUAAGUCAAUACAUAUGUAAUAAUGAUAUAAAAAAAAUUUUAUAAUAGCAAUAAUCUAAUAAAAUAAAUGAGUCAUAACACUUAAGUCAAUUUCAAUAUUACAAUGCUAGACGUCUUUCCCCGGGAACUAAUACUUUAAAAUCUUCAAUGACAUCAUUGUAAUCAAUUUGAGUCAAUAGGUCUUUGCUCUAAAAAUAAUAACAGUAAGGAAUCAAGUUUAUCGUGUUUCAUUGUAUUCCAUAACUUUGACUUGACUAACGAACGUUUUAAAAAUGAUCUCUCACUAAAACUGCUAGUGACUGGAAUAAUUUAAAAUGUUUUUAAAAUAUCAAAAAAAUAAGUAAAUAUAUUUAGUCUAUCUAACUAAGGUAACCGUUUUAUCCAAUUUUCUGUAGAUUCAGAAGAAGUUUUUUCAGGAUUAUCUGGAAGUUCUUUUAGUAAUUUGAUUUCUGUUUUAAAAUAAUCAUAAUUAACUUUAAGUUUUUCAUGAAGCAAUUGUAUAUCAUUAUCUGUAGGAAUCAGUAUUAAUAACAAUUAACAAGUUACCACAAUUAUUAUUUACAUGAUAUUAGAUUAUCAUUAUCACAACAAAUAUUAAGUGGGUUUUUAUGGAGGUACCAGUUUCAUAGUUUGUUAUGUAUAAUUAUAUCUAUGUGGUCUGUGGAGGUACCAAGAGCGAAUCAUUUACACUUAACAACAUAAUUAUUUAUUAUCAACAAUACAACAUAUUAGUGUAAGAAUCAGCUUAUUGUAAAAUAUUUUGAAAUAAUAUAUUAACAAAUUUAAUUUUUAAUGUUUCUUAUUUUGUAAAUUUUAAUUACAGUUUUGCUAUUUGCUAUUUGCUAUUUGCUAUUUGCAGCCCGCAGAUUUUGCUGUAGCAUACCCUGCAACACCCGUGUGCACUCCUAUUAUAAUAAUAUAAUAUUAUAAUAUUAUUGUGUACGUAACCGACGACGUCCAAAAUCACCGAAAGACAAACUUAACGAUACCAGCGUCGUUCGUCGCACAUUUUAGUAUCACGAGAUGAUGUAAAAAGAUAAAAUACUACGCGACGUGGACGUGUCAGAAUAUAAUAUAUAUAUAUAAUAUUAUAUAGGCGUGCGUUAAUAAUAAUAAUAAAAAAAAUAACUACAUCCAUACCUACGUUACGUUCUUUUCUUUGUAUGCUAAGAUGUACAUAGCGCGCCGCCAAAACUAUAUAGAAAUCUAUAAACGUAUAGCUGGUAGAGCCGCACGGGCGUACAAAGAGAAAGAGAAUAAAAAUAUUAUAUUACGGCGAUUCUCGUUUUAUUUUAAUUAAUUUUUUUUAGGGGGUUUUUUUUCUAUUAGUUUUAGUUUUGACGUUUUUCUUUAUUUAUUAUUGUUUCCGUCUUAUCGCAGGUGGACAUCAGCAACGACGAGUUCCACUGCAAGUAUUUGGAAUAUUUCUGGCGGUUGUACGCGAACGACGACGGCGAUGACGAAACGGCAGCGGUAAUAAACGGUACCAGCCGUGGAGACGACAACGGCGUAUCAUCGGUAGGAGUACGGGGUCGUACGGUCAUCCAUGACGUCGACGUCGGAUCUCCGGUUCCGGUGCCCGAAGGUACGUUUUUUUUUUCGUUUGUAGAUUCUAAACAAAGCGAGAGCUUGGUUUAACUAUUUUUUCGGUCUGUAAACAACUUAUCCACCAGAAACGUAACAGGACAAUAACGAGAGACCCUUUUUUUUUUGUUGCAUUUUGGAUAUCUAGUAAAUCGUAUUAUCGUGGAGGUAAUUGUUUUGAUUUUUCAAGCGAAUUUCAGUUUUUCUCAAUCAGAGUGAUUGAGAAAAACUGAAAAAAAAAAUACGCAUAGGAAAAACGGACGAAUAUUUACGUGACCGUAACGAUUUCGUUAUUUUACAUUUUUACGAUUUUUAUUUUCUACUAGAAUCUUAUUCCACAUUUCAAGAGUUUCUGAAAGAAAAUGUUGUCUAUUUGGUGAACAAUAAAGUCAUUUUUUGAUUUUCUGUCAAGUUUUCAUAAUAAUUGAAAAAGCCGGGAAAGAAAGACGGUCAAAUUUACGUCGUUAACUAUUUCAUUAUUACGAAAGUAGUAAAAAUUACAGCAUUUCAAACCAUGUACAACCAAACUACGCUCAGAACAGUUUUUCGCUAGUCAUAGGUUGUCGUUGCAUGUAGAUAUAAAUUCAUGUAUUAGGAUACAUAUUACUUAUUUUACCUUCCCGUCUAAAGCAGCAGCAUAAUCAUUCCCAAUAUUAGCUAUUUUAGAUUCUGAGUGGAGCGAAGAAGCUUAUGGCUUUACAAAGAUGUUUAUUUUUUUAUUUUUUUUUUUUGUGGGCAACUAUUUUAUGUGAUCACUUUUUCUACCAGAAUGCAUACUUCGAUUAUCAAGUAUACCAGCUUUUCUGAAAGGAAAUGUUCUCUGGGUUCUCUCUUCUUUGGAGAGGUAAUUUUUUAAAAUUCUCAUUAAUAUUCGAGAUAAUGAGAAAAACCUCGGUCUUUAGAUUAAAAAGAUUAAAAAUAAGGUUUUCAUUGACAAUCGUUUUUAUUUAUUUUUUGUUAUUAUUCAGUUUUUAUUAUUUUAAUCUUUUUAAAUAAUCAUUGUUGUCAUUGAAACGCACAUUGUUGUAUACAUUUUACCAUAUAUCAUAUACCAUAUAUUGUAUUGUUGACAAAGUAACAUUAUCAAUUGAUCUUCGCUCAGAAUCGCUUUUUCGUUAGCAAUAGUUUAUUGUUCUUUACAGAUAUACAUUAAAUUUCAGGCUGUAUCCUACCUUCUCACUUACAACAGUGGCUGUACCCACGGUGCAAAGUAUGUUUCUCGUGUUUUCAUUUCACAUAGUGUGUUCCUCAAUAUUAUUUUUACCAGCAAUAAAUUAAAAAAAAUAAUUUAAAACAAAUUUAUCGCCUCUCCCUUCACAUAGCUGUCCUAGACUUCAGCUUGUUAAACCUGACGUUAAGUUCACGCCAUUAUUCUUCUUCAUCUCGUCUUUUUUUCCCAGGGUUUAUAACAAUAUAACAACAACAUACAAUUUCUUUGCGCGUCUGCAUUUUUCUCAGUUGUUCGGGUAUUUUUUUAAUUUUUUUUAACAAAGUUUGUGUACAAUUAUUACGCUAAUUCAAAAUGUUAUUUCAAGAAAUUUGUCACCAGUUUUAAAGGUGAACAUUUUCAUUUAUAUUUUUACGUUUUUUUUUUUCUUAAAGAAUUUUUUUUUCCUAUUCGUGCAUUAUAAAACUGUCGAUGUUUCGUAUUAUUUAUAUUUUAAUAAUAAUAAUGAUGUUACGGUCGGGGGAAAAAAACGAUUGUCAUAGUUUCGUCACCGCCACCACAGCUACAGUAAUUUAGUUGUACGCACUAUAAUGAUAAUGUCAUGAUUGGCUGGUAUAUUGCAACACGUUACUCAUACGCGAGAUUACCCGGAUGUACCUAUAUACCUAUAUUCUAUAUAUAUAAUACCUAUAGUUCUGUACGAUGAUGUGCGAAUACUGGCCGUACGUAAUUAUUUUGGAUUUAUGGUAUUUCCCGGGGUUGGACCGACGGCAACAUAUAUCCCGGGCUCAUCUGUCGGAUUCAUACAAAAUAAUAUUCUCGACUAGUGAUGAGCACUAUCUAUUUACUCGGUUGUUUCUAAAAACUACCAACUAUCGAAAUUAUCGGACUAUCGAAUAGUUCAUUCUAUUGAUAAAAAUAUCUCGUCGAAAAAAUACUCGAUUGUUUUUCAAAACUAUUCGGUGCUACUACUGAAUGAAAACUAUCGACUAGUUCAUUCUAUAGUUUUCAUAAUAAUCGAUGAAUAACAAUAUCUAUUCAAUCGAUGUAUCAUCCGGUUGUUUUUUUAAACUAUCGGUUGACAAUCGAUAGUCCAAACUAUUUAGUUUUGUCCAUCACUAUUCUUGUUGUGUACGAAUAGGUGCUUUAAAUGCGUACGUUCCUAUUAUAGUUAUUCCUAGUUAUGAGUUAUUCUCGUUAUUGUUUUUGGCGUAUUAUCGCUCAGUAGUAAACUGUAAAAAAAUAAAACUAUAUAUAUGUAUAUUAUUAUACAGAGUAAUGGAUAUAACGCAAGACACUAAAAUUAUCUUAGAAAGUAAACACAAUAUGUCGGUAAUAUUUUUUUUUUUUGAGGAACAAUAUUAAAAAACGCGAGCAACUCUAUAAAAUGUUGCAUUGCCGUUAUUUUAUCGUCACCUAUAUGUCCGGAAGUAAAACCAUCAUUGUAACCGCGUUUUGACACGGCAACAUGUCCGUAUUAAAAACUCGAUAAAUAGAUGACAUUUUAAGGUUGAAAUUGUUCACUCCCGUCAACCUGUUAACAAGAUAUUUAAUGUCUAAGUUUGUUAUUUUAAGGGCGGGCUAAGAGUAGUGGAAUGUCACGCAGUAGAAUAUCUCGAAACGAUUUGACGGAAAAUGUAGUGAUGGUUUCACUCAUCAAAGGUGAUGAAAAAUAA